AUGCGGGGCGACGGGCGGUGGCCCGACGAGAAGCUGCGGGGCGACGGGCGGCGGCCCGACGAGAAGCUGCGAGGCGACGGGCGGCUGCCCGACGAGAAGCUGCGGGGCGACGGGCGGCGGCCCGACGAGAAGUUGCGGGGCGACGGGCGACGGCCCGACGAGAAGAGGCUCCCUGACGUUAUUCCUCCUCCUCUCGUGUCUCCCCUCAACGGCUCAGCAGCUGACAGCUUCGCUCCUAUUCAGCCUCCACUUAUGUCUCCCCUCAACGGCACAGCAGCUGAAUAUUUCACCCCUGUUCCUCCUCCUCUCGUGUCUCCCACAGCGCAGCAGCUGAAUAUUUCACCCCUGUUCCUCCUCCUCUCGUGUCUCCCACAGCGCAGCAGCCAACUACCCUGCCUGCUAUCCCUCCUCCUUUGUCUACCCGCAUCUUCUCCCUUGCUCUUGCUCCUCCCCCUUAUGGAGAACGUUCAUGCCCUUUCCUCUUUUCCUCUACACUGCUGCCCUCCUACUCCUGCUGCUGUACCUCCUCUUUGCGGAGAUAACUACUACAAUGGGAGCUAG